ACACGGUAACCUGUAUUACCAGCCUCUAUUUUAAUGCGGUGGCGCUCCACAGAUCUUCCCCCGGUCUAGUGUUGGCUGUUCGGGGAUAAAGCCGAGUGCUUUUCGGUCAUGUGAUUCCUGUUUUUUUUUUUUUCUUUCCUCCUUCGAAGUUGAAAGGCAGGAGCAGAGCUGUAGAGGGGGGUUCAGCUUUCCUUCCCUCUGGUCGUUGAUGCAACGUUUUCGUCCCUUUUCCACCACACUAUUGUUUAUUUCUCGUUCGGUGUGAUAUUUUUUUUUACUCCAACCUUUCCUUCGCGAUGGCGGGGGCUAUUAUUGAAAAUAUGAGCACCAAAAAGUUGGUAAUAGUGGGAGUUACUCUGCUUUUGUUUCAGGCGUUUGCCUUCAUGGUCGGCGGUUUAAUUGCUCCAAGCCCCACAACAGCGAUCCACUACAUGGCCACCAAGUGUGUGGAUACAGUCAAGCACCAACAGGCAACAAAAUGGUUCAUGCCCUGGGGUCCUAACCAGUGCGACAAGAUCCGGACCUUUGAUGAGGCCAUGGCCAAGAAAAUUGAGGCUAACAACAUUGUAUUUGCUGUCCACAUCCCUUUGCCUAACAAGGAGAUGAGCCCCUGGUUCCAGUUUAUGCUGGUCAUCCUACAGUUUGACAUAGCGUUUAAGAUGUACAACCAGAUAGAGGACGGAGUGAUGGUCACCAUUGAUGUGAGCCUGGCCUACAGAGACGACACAGUUAGCGAGUGGACAGAGAUGGCUCACUCUUUUGAACAGAGGAAGCUUAACUGCAGCUUCUCUACUUCCAAGACCUUUGAGAAUGAGGGACGUUACUAUGAGUGCGACCAGCUGCCCUUCAUGGAGGUUGGCAGUGUGGCUCAUAAGUAUUAUCUUCUCAACAUCCGCCUGCCUGUCAACGAGCGUAAAAAGAUCAAUGUAGGGAUUGGAGAAAUUAAAGACAUUCGUCUUGUUAGCAUCCAUCAGAACGGAGGCUUCACCAAAGUGUGGUUUGCUAUGAAGACAUUCCUCACGCCCAGCAUCCUCAUCAUCAUGAUCUGGUACUGGAGACGGAUCUCCCUCAUGAGCAGACCUCCUGUGCUAUUGGAGAAGGUAAUUCUUGCUCUGGGUAUCUCCAUGACGUUCAUCAACAUUCCAGUGGAGUGGUUCUCCAUUGGCUUCAACUGGACUUGGAUGCUUCUUUUUGGAGAUAUCAGGCAGGGCAUCUUCUACUCCAUGCUGCUCUCUUUCUGGAUCAUCUUCUGCGGGGAGCACCUCAUGGAAACACAAUUCUUUGCAGCAUGGGCGCUGGGUGAAGGAGAAGUGAAGAUGUGUGAGAGCUCUGUAUCAGCCAAGAAAGUCAUCCCUCAAACUGACUUUCAUCCCACAGUUGACUUGCAGGAUCAGACUGAGAGGAACCGUUUCUCAGUCUACUGGAAGCAGGUCGGACCCAUCGUGUUUGGCUCUUUCUGCCUCUUCAUCUUUGACAUGUGUGAGAGAGGGGUCCAGCUGACAAACCCCUUCUACAGCAUCUGGGCAUCUGAUAUAGGAACGGAACUUGCUAUGGCAUUCAUAAUUGUCGCAGGGAUUUGUGCCUGUCUCUACUUUCUCUUCCUCUGCUUCAUGGUUUUUCAAGUAUUCCGCAACAUCAGCGGUAAGAGGAUGUCUCUGCCGGCCAUGUCCAAGGCCAGACGCCUGCACUACGAGGGUCUGAUUUUCAGGUUCAAGUUCCUCAUGCUGGUCACGUUGACCUGCGCUGCCAUGACUGUCAUCUUCUUCAUAAUCAGUCAGGUGAAUGAAGGCCACUGGCACUGGGGAGAGCACACAGUGCAGGUGAACAGUGCAUUCUUCACUGGCAUCUAUGGCAUGUGGAACCUGUACGUCUUUGCCAUCAUGUUCCUCUACGCACCGUCUCACAAACGCUACGGAGACGAGCAGUCAAGUGGUCAGUGCAUAACUGGAGAUGCUGGAGGAAACAGUGGAGAGGACAUCCAGCUGACUACUACCAUCACCCAUGUUGAUGGUCCCUCUGAGAUCUACAGGAUGGCUGGAAAAGAGGCCCAAGAGUAGAUUUCACACUGAGACUCCGCCCUACUACCUACCGCAUCAAUGAUCCCCUCCCUCUAAUAUGUAAUCAAACAGGCUUUUCUCUUUAAGCCCCCUGGCCAUAAAACGCCAUCAGCAACCCACCUUGCUUGUACCUACCACAGUCCCACAGUUACUGUCCUCUUCCAGCACCAAACCCUCAGCUGUGUGACUUAUGUGCAACCCUGUUCCCAAAUGUAGGUCUAAAGGCUCAAUAUUAUCAAUACUCCUAUCAGUCCUUUUCAUUUCAUAGAGGUUUUCUCUUCAUACAUUUCAUACUUUGUGUAAACCAUGUUGUGUUCAUAAAUGUUGCACAACGCUUUCGACACCAAAAAAGAGAUUUGAGAGUAAAGAAAACAUUUUUUUCAUCACACUCCCGUUGUUAGAAUUGUUUAAGACUGGGGGUUUUGACAAAGAAGGGCAACAAGAUUUUGUGGAUACAUUUCAGCCGCUGUGUUUUACCUUCUGUAUAAUUGCCUGUUAUAUACUUAGUCAAGGCCUUAGAUCCUGUCACAAAUACAUAACCUUCCACAGAAAGUAGAUCAUGUUGUGUACUGCUGUCAAUCUUAGUCCUCAAGUGAUUGAGAUAUUCUGUUAUGUCACUGGGAGAAAUGUACAGACCACAAAGCCACUUUGGGAAAUGCAUACUGUAUGUUCAUUAUGUUACAAUGUAGAUAUCUAUUUUUUAUAAAGUGCUCAUUUUCAACUUCACAAAAUACAUGCAUCAUGCUUUAUCGAUGUUUUUGAAUUUGAUUGUAGCCUAUUAUACAUUGUUUCUUAGUUUGUUUGUUCUUUUUAUCCUAAUUUAAAUAAAAAUUUUACUUAAUA